CUAAAAUGAAAAUUUUGGAGAAGCUUUUUAGGAUAGAGCGAGGUUAGAGAAUUUUGGAGGAAGAUGGGUGGCGUUGGUGCUAUGGUGAAGGGAGCUUCAUAUUCAUAUGCUGUGUUUUGUGGUAGCUUUUUGAGGUCUCCGAGGUUAAGCUUUAGCAUUCAUAACAAGAAGGAGAAGUUGUUGAAGUUCAGGAGCUUCUCAUCAAAGAGCACAUGUUCCUCUCUCCAACCACCAGAUGUGUCUCGUUUGGCAAAAACAGCUCAAAUUUCUCUCACCCCAGAUGAGGUUGACGAAUUUGCUCCAAAGAUUCAACAGGUGAUUGACUGGUUUGGGCAGCUUCAAGAUGUUGAUCUCCAAAGUGUUGAGCCCUCCAUUAGAGCAGAGACCGAAAACAAUUUGCGCUACAAUGUUCCGGAAACAUUUGAUCACAGGGAUGCGAUGAUUGGUGCUGUUCCAAGCUAUGAGGAGCCGUAUAUUAAAGUUCCAAGGGUCUUAAGUAUGGACUAAAAACUUUGUAAAGGUACUUGAUUUGAUACAAGGAAACAAGACUAUGGUUUUGUACUCUGCAUUUCUGGGUUCUUUUUAUUGGAAAAUGAUCUAGCUCUUAAUCUAUAUAACAUUCAUUUUUGUCAUCA